AUUUUUCAUCUCUUUGCUAACCUGAUUUAUUCUGUAAACCUAGCGGGGGCACCUCAUUCAGUCAUUUGUAGGUGUGGCCUUGUUGGUCGUAUUAUGAUUUAUUCUUGUUUAUGUUCUAUUGUUUGCAUUGACUUAUUUUCCAUGUUAACCUAAUAUACAAUCGAUGAUGAUGUGGAAUGUUAGCUUAUAGUCAUUUAACAUUUGAUGUUCGGGGUAAAGUACAUUGGUAUGACUCGCCAAUAACCAUAUUUCAAUGGAUAAACCUAUAAAAAGAAUACGAGUUUGUUACUCUAUUAAGUAUUCGAGUAUCUGAUAAUCAACACUUUGGGUUGCAAAAGGUUCUAAUCGGGAGAAAAGAUGGCGGCGGUCUUAUCCUUCGCCACACCCGCUUCCAAUUUCAGAGUGAUUUCGAACUCAAGUAGAACAGCAGCUCCAUUACAGUCAAGCUCUCGAAUCUCCAUGGUUAAUCACCAUCAACAUUCUGCUCCUUUAUUUGUUCCUGAGGUUGAAAGUGCAGUUGAUACCUUGUAUCCGGAGUUUAGGGCGGUGGAUAAUCUUGUGGCACAGAAUAGCUCUAGAGUUCUCAAAGCUUUUCAGAAUGCAAGGGUCGGAUCUCAUCACUUCAGCGGUUGCACUGGCUAUGGCCAUGAAGAAGCAGGUGGCCGAGAAGCCCUAGACCAAGCUUUUGCAGAAAUUUUUGGUGCUGAAUCAGCAAUUGUUCGUUCACAGUUCUUCUCAGGCACUCAUGCUAUUACAUGUGCCCUGUUUGCUUUCUUGAGACCUGGUGAUGAGCUUUUGGCAGUUGCUGGUGCUCCUUAUGAUACACUAGAAGAAGUCAUUGGAAUCAGAGAUGGAAAUGGGUUAGGCUCAUUAAAAGAUUUUGGAAUCAGUUAUCGAGAAGUUGCACUUGCAGAUGAUGGAGGCCUUGAUUGGGAUGCUCUUGAAGUGGCUUUAAAACCUGAAACAAAAUGUGCCUUAAUACAAAGAUCAUGUGGGUAUUCUUGGCGUAAAAGUUUAAGUGUAAAUGAAAUAUCAAGGGCAAUACACAUGAUCAAGGCACAAAAUCCAAAUUGUUUGGUAAUGGUGGAUAACUGCUAUGGUGAAUUCACAGAAACCAUUGAGCCUCCUAUGGUGGGUGCAGAUCUUAUUGCAGGAAGUUUAAUAAAAAAUCCAGGUGGCACAAUCGCGCCAUGUGGCGGAUACGUUGCAGGAAAAGAGAAAUGGGUAAAAGCAGCCGCAGCUCGUCUCUCUGCACCUGGUCUUGGGGUUGACUGUGGGUCAACUCCUGGUGACAUCAUGCGAAUGUUUUUUCAAGGAUUAUAUCUCUCACCUCAAAUGGUUGGUGAAUCCAUAAAGGGAGGGUUACUUAUAGCGGAAGUUAUGUCCAACAAAGGUUACAAGGUCCAGCCAUUACCACGAGGGCCACGUCACGACAUAGUACAGGCUGUACAGCUUGGAAGCCGUGAGAGGCUACUUGCUUUUUGUGAAGCUGUGCAAAGAAGCUCCCCUGUGAGCUCUUAUACGAAGCCGAUUGCUGGUGUGACAGCUGGCUACGCGUCAGAGGUGAUCUUUGCUGACGGGACGUUUAUUGAUGGGAGUACGAGUGAGCUUUCGUGUGACGGACCGUUAAGAGAGCCGUUUUGUGUGUUUUGUCAGGGUGGUACUCAUUGGACUCAAUGGGGACUUGUUCUUGUUUUCUUCUUCGUUCGUUUGCUGUUAACUCGGAUUCACCCUACAGGUUUUCUCCCAUUGAAGAACGUUAAGAUGACUCGUAAACAGGAAACAUUGAUAGGUUCUGGAGCUUGUGUAGCAGUUACAGUCCUUUUAGCAUUGAAAUUAGUUCGCGAUCAUCUUUCUCAUUGGAAAAAACCCAAGGAACAAAAGGCGAUCAUAGUGAUCAUCCUCAUGGCCCCAAUCUAUGCAGUUGACUCAUAUGUCGGAUUGCUUGAUAUUCGUGGUAGCGAGACCUUUUUUGUGCUCCUGGACUCCAUCAAAGAAUGCUACGAGGCUCUGGUGAUGGCCAAGUUCUUGGCUUUGCUUUACACUUAUUUGAAUAUAUCUAUAAGCAAGAACAUAGUCCCGGAUGAAAUCAAAGGAAGAGAAAUUCAUCACUCAUUCCCAAUGACUCUAUUCCAACCUCAUUCUGUUCGUUUAAACCAUCAAAACUUGAAGCUUUUGAAAUACUGGACAUGGCAGUUUGUAGUGAUUCGCCCUGUGUGCUCUGUUUUAAUGAUAAUCUUACAGCUUCUUGAGAUCUAUCCUGAUUGGCUGAGCUGGACAUUUACUAUGAUCUUGAAUGUUUCAGUUUCAUUGGCGUUAUAUGCCCUUGUGAUUUUCUACCAUGUUUUUGCUAAAGAAUUGGCACCACAUAAACCUCUUGCAAAGUUCUUGUGUGUCAAAGGAAUCGUCUUCUUCUGUUUUUGGCAGGGGAUUGUACUUAGUGGUCUUGUGGCAAUGGGGAUAAUUAAAUCGAAUCAUUUUUGGCUUGAUGUGUCGCAUAUCCAACAAGCUUUGCAAAAUGCAUUGGUGAUUGUGGAGAUGGUGUUUUUUGCAAUGUUUCAGAUGUAUGCAUACACUGCUGCACCAUACAAGGCUGCUGAUAUUAAAGAAAAGAAGAAAGAGUGAUUGGUAAAAAUAUUGAUCUUAAGAUUCUAUUUUUGGGUAUUAUAUAUAAAGGUACCAUUUUUAUGUUUAUGUCUUGAGCUUAUGAGGAUAUGUAGAAUAAUUUAUUAAGCAUUAAUUCCCUUAUAUAGGGAUUGUAUUUGGAUACAGUAGAUAUUGAAUGAAUGCAGAGUGUUUCAUUCUAUAUAUUGUUCUAAUGAUAUUUUGAUUUCAUUCAUGAGAUAUCAUAAGAG